GCCAAUGUUGUAUGUGAUGUGUUUGUUUUUCUAGUUGAGAAAUAAUAAAUUGAUUGAUUAUUAUUGAAAGAUUUUUUGUGCUCUCGUUUUUUCUUUUUAUUUUUUUUUCUGUUGCUGGACAACGACGAGUUUUUUCUCUGUUAUUCCGUUGUGACCAAAAAGUGAACCUUGUUUCAACGAUAUUUAAUAAUUAAAUUCAAUUCAAACUAGAAACAAAAACAAUGGCUAGUCAAACACAAGGCAUUCAACAGCUUUUGAUGGCCGAAAAAAAGGCAGCUGAAAAAGUUCAAGAAGCACGAAAAAAGAAAGCCCGUCGUCUUAAACAGGCCAAAGAAGAAGCAUUGAUCGAGAUUGAACGAUUUCGUAGUGAACGUGAAAAUGCAUUCCGUGAAUAUGAAUCAAAACAUAUGGGUUCAAUGGAUACAAUUAAAGGAUCCAUUGAACAGGAUACAUUGGUCAAAUUGGAACAAAUGUCAAAAACAGUGACUGGAGCCAAAGAAAUUGUCAUUAAAGAUCUUCUUACACGUGUUAUAUGCGAUGUACAGCCAAAACUGCAUAUAAAUCUUCGUAUUUGAGAAAUUUAGCAACAAAAACAACAGUCAGACAAACACCAUACCAUUGAAUUAUUGUAUCCAAUUAUUAUUAUUAAUUUUAUCCAGAUCAUCAUCAUCCAUGAAUUUGUUUGUUUGCAGUGAGAAUAAUUAUUCC